AUUCCAUACACCAUGUUCGAGAAAACAGAAUAUCAAAACUUCAUUGACAAAGUCAAUAAGAUCCGAAGCUAUGGAUUGAACAAGAUGCUGACUAUACCACAGAUCGCUAUCCUAGGCGAUCAGUCGAGUGGUAAGUCAAGUGUCCUGGAAGCCCUGACAAGGCUCUCAUUCCCUCGAAAUAUCGAAACAUGUACACGCUUCGCCACACAAGUAAGCUUGCGCCAAAGUCCGCGAAAAGAAAUGUCCGCUCAUAUCGAUGGCGAAGCUGCAUUCAACAAGCAAUACCAGGCGCAAGAGGCGGAUUGGAAUAUCCAUACAAUUAUUAGCGAUGCAAAUAGAAUUCUAUGCUCCUAUGUAGAGAUUAGCGAAAAAGUGCUUGAGAUCACCAUCUCUGGUCCUACAUUGUCACCUCUCACUGUCAUUGAUCUUCCCGGUUAUAUCAAUACAACCGUCGAUGGGCAGGACAAAAGCAUAGUGGAGACCAUCCGCACAAUCAACACCAAGUACAUCAAAGACAGUCGCACUAUCAUCCUGGCAGUAGUUCCUGCUAAUGUGGACCUGAACAAUAUUUUCGUGCUCGGUGAAGCAGAACGCUACGAUCCAAAAAACGAGCGUACAAUCCCCAUUGUGACAAAGCCCGAUACCGUAGAGCCAGACCUGCUUCCCAAUUUGAUCCAAACAGUGCUUAACAAACGCAAGCAAAUGCGCCUAGGAUACCUCGUCAUGAAGAAUUCAAGCUACAAAGACAUUGACAUUCCUUGGGAAGAGGCCAAAAAACGAGAGGACGAAUUUUUUAAGUCGUCGGAGCUGUGGAAUCAGGUGCCGGUUACAAGAAGAGGCCGAGUCCAUGUGAAGGAGUUCUUGGGUGAUCUCUUAUAUACCCAUAUCAAGAAGGAAUUGCCGUUCCUGAGAAAGGAUAUUCUUGAUAUGAUCAAGGAAUGCGAAGAUGAAAUCACCAGCAUGGGCCCACCAGUGUCGAGCAUCGCCACAGCUAAGAUUAAAUACAUUGACAAUGUCAUGAAGCUCAAGUCCUCGCUCAUCGCACUUCUCGACGGCAACUACACCUUCGAGUACAUCAACCAGAACAAACCAAGUCUGGAAAACCAAGAUUCAGUGAGCACUGGCCACGGCGAUAGUGAAGAUGACAUGGUGCCCCUUUCUCUCGAAGAGAGUAGCCAUACCUUCCUUCGCUCGUCGUUACAAACCCUGUACCAGCGAUACAAUGCUGUGAUGAACAAGGACAAGUAUAUACUUGAAAAGGACAAAAUUAGUGAGCUGGUUCUUCGUUACAAGGGAAAAGAGCUACCCGGAUUUAUCUCGUUCACCACUUUCACACAGAUUUACAUGGAAACAUUAGUUCGAUGGAGCGACAUGACCAAAGUCCAUAUCGCCAAUAUGCACCAGUAUUUGUACAAGGCCAUCUCUAGGUUCAUAGCAUUCACCGCAGACCCUCUUAUCAAAGACACACUUCUAAUAGAAUUCGACAGAUUCUAUAGCUUACAGAUAACAAAAAUUGAGAGCGAGAUUGAGAGCAUCUUCAUAGACGAGGACACACCUUUCACGAUGAACAAGUAUUAUUACGAUAACAUCCUCAAAAGCAGGAAAGCAAAGGCGGAGCAGAAGAUAGCAGAACUGGCGAAAUUAGGCACUACACCCGACGAAUACACCGCCGAGUAUAUCAAAAAACUUUUAGAACAACAAUUGGAGUCGUAUGGCAAUCCCUCACAAAUAUCUGAUGUGAACUAUAACGAGGAACUUGCAGUUGAGGACCUACAAGAGCAAUUGCGGUCUUACUGCAAGGUGGUCCGCAAGCGAAUUGUUGAUGUAGUUCUUCAACAAACUAUUGAGCGGCAUAUGAUAAAGCGAAUUAACCUCUAUUUUGAAAUGUUAAUCGCUGUCGACGAAGAUACAAUUUCGAGCCGACUCGUGGAGCCACCAGCAAAGCAAGAACGUCGGCAAGAACUACAAGACAAAGUAGCGGUCUUACGCAAGAGUCUGCUUGCAUUAUAGUAUUUUAUGCAGC